AAAAGAAAUUGGUAAAAAAUAUAUAAUUAUUACUAAAAGCUUAUUCUAUAGAACAAAAUGAAUGGUUUUACAGUAGUUUUUGUUGUAUUUUGUGUCGGAGUUGUUGUUGCAGAUGACUCACAAAUAUGCCCAUCCGAUGAUUCCGUUGCUUAUUUCCCCGCCGAAGAUUGCUCCCAAUUCUGGCAGUGCACAGAAGGAAAACCAAUAAUCCAAAACUGCCCACAAGGCCUUCAAUUUAAUACAGAGUUGAAUAUUUGUGAUUGGCCCAGUAAUGCUAGAUGUGCCAACGACGACGACAGAAAUAACAAAAUACCUGAAGAGAAAGAGGAGAGUGACAAUGACAAUGACAAUCAAAAUGGUAAUGGAAACAAUGGUGGUGAAAUCAAGGAGGUUCAAAUAUGUGAAAAUGUUGAGUGUCCAGCAGAAGAUCCGGAUGUGGUAGUUCAAAAACCUGGCCCUAGUCCAUCGCAGUUCUGCAAGUGUUCCCAUGGCAUCCCGUACUUACUUGCCUGUAAAGACGGAUUGGUCUACAACGCUGAUCUAGAAGUAUGUGACUAUCCAGAAAACGAAACUGAUGAUCGCCCCAAUAAUUCAGACGAAGAAAAUGAAUCUAAGGAAGAGGCAAAUGAUGAAAAUAAUAUUACUUGUCAAGGGGACUGUCCAGAAACUGAUGGAACUCCACUUGCAUCAUCCAAUUCCAACAACUUCUGUGUCUGUGGAGGGGGAGUUCAGCAUGUUAUGAAAUGCCCCGAUGGGCUAAUUUUUAAUGUCAAAGAAGGUAUUUGCGAUUGGCCAUAAUCCGCAAAUUGAAAAAGUAUUAAUAAUCUUAAUCUAUCAAUUGUAUUUAUUGUAUUUAAUGUUUUUGUUAGCUUUAAUAAAUAAUAUACCUUUUUUAA